UGUCAAUUGAUUCCUUUAGGCAGUAUAUUGGGGAGCCCUUAGGCCGUCGCUCUCGCUGGGCUUACUGUACAAAGUUUAAACCGGCAAGGACGGAAUGAGAGUGAUUGUAGACAUUGAGUUGCAAUCCAUUUGCCAAUUCCUUCACGUGCUGUCACAUUUGACAGAACGCUCCGACUAUCUCAAGUCGCCUAACUGCAGCAGUGUUGUGAAAGUACAAAUAACACCUUCCAGACCUGUAGACCCAUCGACUCAUCAACUCCCCUUUGAUUCAAACACCACACCUACUUCCUAAGAUGAUCUUCACUUCAAACGUCCAGCUUCCGCCGGGAGUCCUCCGAGAUGACUUGACCAUCCCCCAGUUUAUCCUGGACAGUCAGCACCCCCUUCGACCUCAGCGAGGGAACAAUAGGCCAUGGUUGAUCGACUACCCAACAGGACGGCAAUACGACGCUGAGGAGGUACGCAAUCGCGUGUUUGGGCUUUCCAACUCGUUGUACAACGCUUAUGGCAUAAGGGAAAAUGAUGUUGUCAUCAUAUUCAGCCCCAAUGAUAUUGAUUUCCCCAUCGCAGUAUGGGCUGUUCACCGUGUAGGCGCAAUCGCCUCGUGCUCUAACCCCGCCUACACCGAGUUCGAACUCGCUCAUCAAGUCAACGAAACCAAAGCAAGUUUGAUAAUAACUCACCCAGGGUGCUUUGCCGCGACGAAGGCCGCCGCAGCCAAAUUUAAUUUCCCCCUCGAUCGUAUCGUCGUCAUUUCUCCACCUUCACGACCGUUCCACACUGAAUCCCAUGAGUUCCGAUCGUUGAAGCUUUCACCAUCAGAAUACACCAUUGACAACUUCGUUACUCUCGAUGCACUGAUCGACAAAGGAUUGACGGAGUACAACGUUGAAGGGAAAGUUUUCCCUGAAAGGAGGCUUGCUAAAGGCGAGGCAAAGACGAAACUUGCGUUCUUAAGUUUCUCCAGCGGUACCACUGGUAAACCCAAGGCAGUGGCGAUCUCUCAUUAUUCUCUUAUUUCGAACGUGAUUAUGACCGCAACCUAUUUACGCAUCAAUGACCCAACCUUCCCUUGGGAAGAUCGUCGCAUGCGCGAUGGUGAUGUCAGUUUAGGCGUAUUGCCGAUGUUCCAUAUAUAUGGUCUCGUGGUCGUGUUACAUUACAAUAUCUUCUUUGGACUUCCCUUGGUCGUUUUGCCCAAAUACACAUUUACUGAUUUUCUGACGAGCAUCGUCAAGUACCGAAUUACUCAUUUAUGGAUCGUUCCUCCACAGAUGGUCUCACUCGUCAAGAGUCCAGAAACGAAGAAGUACAGCCUCAGACACGUCCGCAUGGUCAUGGGGGGCGCUGCGCCCAUCUCAAAUGACGUUGAAGCUAAACUCCGUAAAAUUCUCCCUAACGCUAACGUUGGACAGGCUUACGGAAUGACUGAGACCCCUGCUACGAUUACUAUGUGGCCUCUUGAGCAAAAUAAAGGAGGUACCCCCGGGAGUGCUGGCCGACUCCUUCCAGGAUUGAAAGCAAAAGUGGUCAAAUCAGAUGGGACGCUCGCUGGCUAUGGUGAGCCCGGUGAGCUGGUUGUUCACGGACCAUCUAUGGCUUUGAGAUACGAAAACAACCCGAAAGCUUCUGCUGAAACUUUCGUUGACGGAUGGGUGCACACGGGAGACGAGGUCCUCUUCCAUGAGAACGGUGACAUGUUCAUUGUCGAUCGCAUCAAGGAAAUCAUCAAGGUUAAAGGGUUCCAAGUGGCUCCAGCCGAGCUGGAGGGUCAUCUCCUUUCACACCCCGCCGUUUCUGAUGCGGGCGUUAUCGGGUACCCAGACGAGUACUCCGGUGAGCUCCCUAUGGCAUUCGUCGUCCUCCAUUCUUCGGCUGCAAGACGGGCGCUGCGCACCCCACGAGAUACCGAGCGGUACAAGAAAGAAAUUGCCAAGCACGUAUCAGAUCAUAAAGUCAGGUACAAGUGGUUAGAUGGUGGAAUCGAAUUCGUUCGCACCAUUCCGAAGAACCCGUCUGGCAAAAUUUUGCGUCGUGUGCUGCGGGACCAGGCGAAGGCUAUCAAGGAGAAGAACAAAGCCCAGCCGACUGUUAAUCCUAAACUGUGAUGAGCCUCGGGUAUACCAUACUUUCCAGCCCCAUCGAAGGUCGGAGUGAAAAAUAUAUUGGUGAACUUAAACUUAGGGCGUUCCAGCUGCUCUUCCGCACCUUUUUAAUUGUACUAUAGUUCGGCUAUGCUACCUAUAUAUCUGGUUAGGAAUUCAUGAUGGUUUCAUCAUUCGAGAAUCCGAUGCGCCCGUAGAAUCACGAAGUAUGAUUAUUGGUGCGAAGACUACGGGACGCAGAGAUUCGCGAAUGGAUGAUCCCGACAAUGUACGUGGGACAGGCAGGACUUUCAAUAGAUGCCGAUUUUUCUUCGCUCGGACGCUGACCUUGAUUUGUGUCCACAUUAGUGAGAAGUAGGAUUUCAUCCUCUUCUGAGGAUGCUCAGACGUGAAGUGCAAAUAACGGCCCCAAC